UAAAAAAAAGUCAUUUCAAUUUUUCAACUUUCAAACGGCUCCUCUCUCCGCUCCAAACCACCACCACCGGAAACCAAACUCUCCGACAACUUUCCGAUCAUAAAACCACCGGAAAACUCACCGGAGUUCACAAACCGUCACCAACUGGACCCAAAACAUGGGCAAAUACAUGAGGAGGAAGAAUAAAACGUCAGGUAAAGUGUCGCUAAUGGAAGUUCCGUCACUAAACGGCGUUCUCACUCGUGCGAAAACCCUAGCUCUUCAAAACGCCGCCGUUUCGUCCGUUGGAGCUGGCUCGUAUAUCCAGCUACGCAGCCGCCGGCUCGUUAAGCCGAAUUUGGUGAAGAAACAGAAGGUGACGUGUGUUGAUUCGGUAAACCCUAGAAAAUUAGGAGUUGUUGAUUCCGUGAAAUUAGAGGUUGAUUCGUCAAAUGUGAAGGUUAAUUUGGUUAAUUCUGUUGAGAAAUUGGGUGAAAAAGAGGACAUUUGUAGAGAAUUUGGUGAUGAAGAAGGUUCAAUUGGGGAAAAUAUGGUGGAGAUUGAAGGAAGAGAAAGGACUACACGAGAGAGCACACCAUGCAGUUUGAUUAGAGAUCCUGAUGCCAUAAAGAUUCCCGGUUCGUCCACAAAGUCAACGAGACCUACCGAAGCCAAAUACAGAGUACAAGAAGAUACGUCACCUAGGCAAAUCCCGUCAACUAGUGAAAUGGAAGAGUUCUUCACGGGCCCAGAAAAGCAACAGCAACAGUUAUUUAUUGAAAAGUACAACUUUGAUCCGGUGAACGACAAACCACUACCUGGGCGAUACGAAUGGGUGAAACUUGAUGAUGCGAAGAAGCGUUAAAGUUAAUUAACCGCUCGAGAUUAGCACAACUGAAGAUAUGGGUAGGGUUAGAUUUAAUUUAGAUUUUAAUCUUUAUGUGAGGACAGUAGAGUAAUUAAUUCUUAAACUCCCCUAUUCUUGUUUUGUUUGUAAAGAAAGAAGCGUAGCGGGUCCCGUCGAAAACCCGAGUGCAAAAUGUAGAUUAGAAGAUCUGUAACAUAAGAAAAAAAAGAGCUUCUAAGUUCUAACAGUAACAGAAGUAACAGAUUAUCUA